CCUUUUUAUGGGCUGCUACUUAGUUCGCAGUGAAGCCACGGUUUCUCCUUAAACUGCUGCUUAUUUCCCAAAAAGUUAUUAAGAAACGGGUCGUCGAGUAAGUACAGGAGUGAAAUCCUGUUCCCCACACGUCCACAUCCUGCUCCCUCUGCCCACGGGCUGGUGGGUUCCUCCUGCGAUAACAAUGUCACAACCUCCUGUGUCAACACACAGCACGUUAAGAUGCCGCCUUUGGCAAAAAUGUUCCGUUCCGUUUUCCAUCUUCCCUGGUGGUUUUCUUAAACCAGUUAAUACAGUGAAUUGGUUUCUGUGGAGUUGUUUCUUACAUGCAUUCAGUCCACCAUUGUCAAGUUGUGGGUUAACACUACGGUGAAUACGUCACACAGUUUGCUGCACAGCGAGUAAGGGAUGACUUGAUCAGGUGCUGUGCACUGAAUUUCUCAUGGAAGCACAUCAGCAGACUAACUGGUAGAAAACGUCCAGCAUGACUCUGUGUAGGAAAGUGGACAGAUUAAAAUAGAGGAAGUGUGGAAACAAACAUGUGUCCCAAAAUCCCUGUUAUUGCACAAAUGGUUUUAGUUUGAGAAUAGACCAUUAUUACACCUGUUUUUUGUAAAGCUAGUCGUCUAGUUGGAAGUGUUCAUGAUUUACUAAUUUCUCUAAUUGGACUUUAUUGAAAAAGUUGUGAUGAGGUGAUUCUAAUGGCAGUUUUGGUUUUGACAUAAAAUUUGUCUGAUUUUUAGUAACUCUAAAUCCCUCGUGAUAAUUUGUUUCAGAUCUGAGAACAGAACUGAGUGAUUCUGUCAGAUGAGAUGAACGUGUCUCUUCAAGUAACCACACUGUCAACAUGCUGUAGUGCCAAACUGUCACCCUAAUGUCUCUCAAACACUGGCAGCCGUCAUGACUCUGAGUCAUUAGAGUCACGUGAAGUGGCCAUGACUGGUUUUGUUACAGGGUUAUUUUGUGACCUUUGCUCAUCAUUGUCCCAAGUGAAGAGCCAGGUGUCUGGGCUGCAUUGUUAAUGAUACAAUGAUGUGUUUCAUCUGGCUCCGACUGAGAGCUGCAUUUAAAAACAGACUGACUGUUGCAAUAAGGCCACAAGAGUAGUAUUUGUCAUGAGUCAUCAGUGUGGUAACAGUACUACAGACAGAAGAACCACCCUUUACAACUAACUCUGCAAAGUGUAAAAUACAUUUUCAUAAUCAGCCGUUUAGAAAAUGUCUCCAGUGGAUCUAAAUGUGUAUCAGUAGCAAAACCCUGUGUUGUGCUGUCAAAAAGGGAAGAGCUGCAUAUGAAAAGCGAAGUUGAUGCCGCACGAGUUUACUUUGUAUUUAAAAAGCUGGAGAGGUGGAGCGCUCUCUGCUCAGGACUCGCAGCGCGGCGUCAGACCAGCAGCACCUUCCUCCUGCUGCACACGGAGCAUCACAGCACCUCUAACCAGCAGCAGAGUGGGUCUGCUUCUUCCAUGGCUGCAUUUGCAGUGACCAAGCCGGCAGCGUCUGCUACCAGGCCUCGUGUGCAGAGUGGAACCUCUGCUGUUGUGAUACCAGCGGUUCUUAUCUGUGCAAAGUUAGCGUGAUAAUUUGAUCUAUUUCUUCCUGUGCUCUUGAUUUAAACGCUUGACACUGAGAGAUAUGUCAUUUAAUUUCCUGCACAGCUUCAUCAAGCGCUUAAUCAGGCACACGAACCUGCCACUGCAUAAUGUUUGGCUCUGGGUCACUCCUGUGGUUGAUGACACUGAAUUAAUCACGUGAUGUUUUUCAGAUUCUCUUCCAGCCUUUUAUUCAGCUGUUAGACAGCAGUUGUGCCAGUUUAAUGAAAAGCACGAGAUUCCUUUAGGGGCAAACGCACAAAGAGACUUCAUUGAGGAAGAGCUUUAAAUUAUCUGGUGUCUGUCAACUCUACUCAUGAUAAAACUUGUUACGAGCCCAGAUGUUCUCUAGACAACAUAUUCUGCGCUAUUCUUUCUAGUGACAUAUCUGCAGAGCUGGGCGAUUCUUGCAGAGUAGGAACACCCUCAUUUUCCUUCAGCCUCUGUGGUUUGUGUUGAGUUCUAUCUGAUGCAGUCACCAAGAGGAGCACAGAGAUGACAUGUAGAAACAGGAAGCAUCUGUGAGUGUGUCGCCCGUUCCGCAAAGUCUUGCUGGUUCUCGUCGUGGGCUGGAGUCUUUAAAAACAAGCAGUAGUCACGAUUGAGAAACAUUCACUGUAGUUUUACUGGGAUGGGAUUUAAUGGGCAGACUGCGUUAACAGGUCAGAGCAUGCUCUGUUCAAUCAGAUCAUUCUGUACCUGCAGGUACAGAAAGUUUCACCAACAGCCACUGAGCGUUUCACAGAUAAGUGUGUCGUCGUCAGCGUGACCUGCAUGAAGCCCUUCUGUCUCUGUUGGCUGUGCAUCCUACCAUGACCGGCGUGUCACGUGCUCUAAGUCUCUGGAUGUACAAGGAGGCUUCUCUGUGGUGUUCCUGGCUCGUACGCACAGCGGCGUCCGCUGCGCCCUCAAAAGGAUGUACGUCAACAACGUCCCAGAUCUGAACGUGUACAAGAGAGAGAUCACCAUCAUGAAGGAGCUGUCAGGACACAAGAACAUUGUUGCCUACCUGGACUCUACAAUCAACGCAGUGUCAGACAGUGUCUGGGAAGUUCUGAUCCUCAUGGAGAACUGUAAAGCGGGUCAGGUGGUGAAGCAGAUGAACCAGCGGUUGAAUGUGGGCUUCAGCGAGGCUGAGGUCCUCCACAUCUUUUGUGACACCUGCGAGGCCGUCGCUCGCCUGCACCAAUGCAAGACGCCCAUCAUCCACAGAGACCUGAAGGUUGAGAACAUCCUCCUGAAUGACCAGGGGAGCUACGUGCUGUGUGACUUUGGCAGCGCCACUCACAAGAUAUUGCUGCCACAAAAAGACGGAGUGACGGCCGUGGAGGACGAGAUCAAGAAGUACACGACUCUGUCCUACCGGGCGCCGGAGAUGAUCAACCUGUACGCAGGCAAAGCCAUCACCACCAAGGCUGAUAUCUGGGCACUUGGAUGCUUGUUGUACAAGCUGUGUUUCUUCACACUUCCAUUUGGGGAGAGUCAAGUUGCCAUAUGUGACGGAACCUUUAUCGUUCCAGAUAACUCCAAGUUCUCCUUCAAGUUGCACUGUUUGAUCCGAUACAUGCUCGAACCAGACCAGGAGAAGAGACCAGACAUCUAUCAAGUGUCCUACCUUGCCUUCAAGUUAGCUGGAAAAGACUGUCCAGUGCCAAAUCUCUUCAACUCUCCCAUUCCCACCACGCUCCCAGAGCCUCUGACAGCCAGCGAGGUGGCUGCUAAGAAGAGUAUGACGAAAGCCAGGAUAACUGACUCUGUGGGACCAACAGAAACAUCCAUAGCUCCCAGACAGAGACCGAAAGCAGCCAACAGUAAUGUCCUGCCUCUCACCAACACUGUAACCCCUGUAAAGAUGACCGUGCCUUCAGCGUCUGUCAGCAACGGCCAGAAAGCUCCCACCCCUGGCUCCGGGCAGCCGUCCGUGCAGCCCCAGCCCAGCUCUCAGCAGCACCGAGUUCUGCAGCAGCUGCAGCCUGGUGAUCUGCGUCUGCAGCAGCUGCAGCAGCAGCAGCAGCAUCACCAUCCGCAGACAGUGCAGCUGCAGCAGCAGCAUGCAAAUGCACAGCAACUCCAGUACCUCCAGUAUCAACAGGCUGUGCAGCAGUCGCUCCAGCAGCAGCAGCAGCAGCAGCAGAUGAUGAUGAUGCAGCCCAUGUACCAGCAGCAGGUGGCUCAGGCUCAGUACGCAGCCAUGCUGCACCAGUAUCAACAGGCUUUUGUCCAGCAGCAGCAGCAGCAGCACCAUCAACAUCCGCCGCAGCAUCCUCCCGCUCAGCAGCCUCUCCCCUACAUGUCCUCCCCUCUUGAGUUCCAGGUCCCCCUGGGGUCCUAUAAUGCCACCACGCCCACUGCUGGACCCGGCCACAUAGCAGGACCAUCACCUGUCGAUCAUUCAUACACUAACGCCAGAAACCCCCUGGUUGUCACCGACGGGAUCACUCCGCCCCCCCAGAGCUGCAGCAGUGCAGUCAGCAACCCGCCAGACAUGUCGCGCUGGAACCCUUUUGGGGAAGACAACUUCUCCACGUUGACGGAGGAGGAGCUGAUCGACCGGGAGUUUGACCUGCUCAGAGCAAACAAGCCAGUGGAGCGGACGGCCAGCGUGGACGCCGAGCGCUCACAGCCUGCAGCCUCAGAGGACCUGUUCGGCUCCGUCCCCUUUGUGGCCAGCACAGGUACCAACGCGAUGCUGAUGGAGGAAACAGUCGAGGAUGCUGCUGCUCCUGUCUCCACCAGCGCAGCAGCAGCAGCAGCAGCAGCAGCAGCAGCCAAGGAGCCCAGACAAAGGAAGACCAACUGCCGACCGGGAGAAGAGUCCGACAGCGACUUCGAGUCUGACCCUCCCUCACCAAAAAGCAGCGAGGAAGAGGAGCCGGAGGAGGACGAAGCCCUCAACAGCGAGCACGGCGACGACACCGAGCCAGAGAAUCUAGGACAGAGGCCUCUGCUGAUGGACUCUGAAGAGGAGGGCGAGGACGACGAGGACAAGCACAGCUCAGACUCAGACUUUGACCCCAGCAGGGUCAAAGGUCGCUCCAGGAAAGCCCUCAAAGCGGCUACGAGGCGUCCUCCAGGAAACGCCGGCGCCGCUCUGAUCACGCCCCCCGAGUCGCCGGCUGGAGCGGGAGCCGCCGCGAAGGCUGUAGACGUGUUCGGCGCCGUCCCGUUCCUCCAGGAGGAGGCGCCCGUCGGGCCUCCAGGCACCGACAUCUUCUCCAAAGCCCCGUUCAGGCAGACGAGCCACGAGCGCCGCGCUGCGGACGAGUUCGACGUCUUCACCAAAGCGCCGUUCAGCCGGAACCUGUCGCGGUCGAGCAGGAGCGGCAGCGACGUCCACAUGGGCCACACGCCGCCCGUGUCCCCGGAGGACGUGGACGUCUUCGGCUUCUCCCCCUUCCAGCCCGGCUCGGCGGCGCCUCCCACCACGUCCAGAAGCGCAGACGACAUCUUCCGGCCGGCGCCGGGCGAGUCGAGCAGCCCUCAGCAGCAGAGGCUGAAGCAGCGGAGCCUCCAGAAGCUGUCGUCGCGCCACAGGAAGACCAGGCAGGAGGCGGCGGGCGGCACCAACGGCAAACGGCACCACGGCACGCCCACGGGGGCCCGCAAGGCCGGCAAGCCCACCUACCGCACCCCCGAGAGGGUCCGCAGGCACAAGAAGGUGGGCCGGAGGGACUCGCAGAGCAGCAACGAGUUCCUCAGCACCUCCGACUCCAAGGAGAACAUCAGCCUGGACAUAAGCAUGACCGAGGACAAAGGAGCCGCUCUGUCAGUGGACGAGGCCCUUUUGGACCCGUUCGGAGCCCGGCCCUUCCACCCGCCGGACGGCGGCCGGCACGGCCAGUACCCGGGCCUCUGCGAAGGGAAGAGCGACGUGGGCCCGGCUAAUGGCCGGUCCUGGACGGGCUCCCUGCACGGGGAGCCCAGAACCAUGGAUGACUUCGGGGCGGUGCCCUUCACAGAGCUGGUGGUCCACGGUGGACCCCAGCAGCCGAGCUCACAGCCGCUGGAGCCGGACCCGUUCGGAGCGGCGCCGUUUCCUUCCAAGCAGUAACUCUUGGUUCCUCCUGGUUUGGGAUCGUGGAAGUCGAGGCUCUGACGACCUGAAGCUCUUGUUAAAUACUUCAGUGCUGUGCGUCCACGUGUCUUUUAGCUGGAUCCAUUUGCUGAGAAGCCUUUUUUGGCGCGUCUUCUCCUUUCUAGUCGUUUGAACUGGACAGAGACUCAUACUGUGAUUAGAAGCUUCAUCUAAAGCGCCUCAUGGCCUUCACAUCUACCAAUGAUCCCUUGUUUUAGCACCACGAAGCCUUACCCGAGCUCGGCUCUGCCUUGCUGCACAGUACCUCGGAACCGUGACCCCGUCGGCCCCCUUGGCCCCCGGCGGCUCGGCUGUUUGGGAGUUGACCUUUGACCUUAACCACUUUUUUUACUCACUAGACGUUUCUAUGCAUAACUUCCAGUAUCUGUAGAUGAGUCGUGAGACGGGAUCAAUUGCUUUACAGGUGAAUGUGUCGGCUACAGGUUUUAAGUUUGCACCAUUUGUAAGUAGCGCUAAAGUUAUUUUAUGAUGUUCAGAGUGUAAGAAGUACAACAAAACCACAACCGAGCACUAGUUUGGUCUGAGGUCGGAACUUGUCAAAGCUGAAUCAGCCUGGUCGUAGUGAUGUUCAGUGAGUAGCACUCAACCCAAACCUGUGAUGUCAGACUGACGUGACUUUAGCUUGAAGAUUGUUCCUACGAUGUUAUUGAGCGCAAACUGGUUCGUGCUGCUUUCCAGGGUUUUCUACACUUGGACGUCAUCAGAGCUGCAGCCGCGUCCUUCUAUCGACACCAUGCGACUUUCUCAGCCUCCCUGUUGAUCACGGACAGUAAAAGCACCGCUGGGCGUGUUGCGUUCAGGAUGAGACGGGACGUUCAGGUGCUUGAUCUUCCCAGACUAGUUUUGCUCUAACAGCCUUAAGCACUGCAUCCGUACAGAACCACUGGUGUUUGUUUGUUAAAACACAGUUUUUGUUUUUAUACAUUUACUUUCUUUUGCCCUUCACAGGGUGAAGCUUGUAUUUAUCACACUAUACUGGUGUUUGACGCAAUAAAACCAUUCAUCUCAGCAGGUCA